AUGAGCGCUGCGGAUCAUCCCAGUGCGGGCCGCGCCGAGCCUGACUCGGAAAACAGCGAGCUGGCCGACAUGGUGGCGGCCAUGAGCACCACCUCCAGCCACAUGACCCCGCCCAACGGCUACCGGAGCGGACAAAAUCGCACCACGCCCCACCGGCUCACCAUGUCCGACAGGAAGCUGUCCCUGCAGGAGCGGGGGUCCCGCGGCGCCAGGCAGCCCACCAUCGAGACCAAGCGCGUGUCCAUCACCGACGGCGAGGAUUGUGUCCAGCUCAACCAAUAUAAGCUGCAGUCGGAGAUUGGGAAGGGUUCGUACGGGGUGGUAAAAUUAGCCUACAAUGAGGAUGCGGAAAAGUUCUAUGCCAUGAAGGUGGUCUCAAAAAAGAAGAUGCUGAAGCAGUGUGGAUUUCUACGCCGCCCCCCUCCCCAGGGGUCUUGCUCCAAACCCCAGGAGCCUCUGCAGAGGGUGUACCAGGAGAUCGCUAUCCUGAAGAAGCUGGACCACCACAACAUCGUGAAGCUAGUGGAGGUGCUUGAUGAUCCCGGUGAAGACAACCUCCACAUGGCUUUCGAAUUGAUGACAAAGGGGGCGGUGAUGGACGUUCCCACUGAAACCCCCUUCACAGAAGAGCAGGCUCGCUUCUACUUCAGAGACGUUCUCCUCGGCAUAGAGUACUUGCACUACCAGAAGAUCAUCCACCGAGACAUCAAGCCGACCAACCUGUUGCUAGGGGAGGACGGCCACGUGAAGAUAGCGGACUUUGGCAUCAGCAACGUGUUCGAGGGCAGCGACGCGCGCCUCUCCAGCAUGGCGGGGACCCCGGCCUUCAUGGCCCCAGAGAUGAUGGCCGAGCUGGAGCAGGGAGCUGGCUUCAGUGGCAAGGCCUUAGAUGUGUGGGCGAUGGGCGUGACGUUAUAUUGUUUUGUGUACGGGAAGUGCCCUUUUUACCAUGAAUUCAUUGUUGAGCUGCACGUCAAAAUCAAGAAUGAACCAGUGUGUUUUCCACAAGAAACGACCCUAAGUGAGGACCUAAAGGAGCUCAUCCUAUUGAUGCUGGAUAAAAACCCUGAAACCAGAAUCACGAUUCCUCAAAUCAAGCUGCACCCGUGGAUGACCCAGCACGGUGCGGACCCCCUGCCCCUGGAGGAGGAGCACUGCACGGCGGUGGAGGUGACGGAGGAGGAGGUCCAGAACAGCAUCCGCCUUAUCCCCAGCCUCUCCGCCGUGAUCUUGGUGAAGUCCAUGCUGAGGAAGCGCUCCUUCGGGAACCCCUUCGACAGCCCCAGGAGCCGGGCCGAGCGUUCAAUGUCGGCCCCUGGUGGCCUGCUCACGGGCACUUGGGGUCUGCUGGGCUCCUCGAUGCACGUCCACCCCUGUGGGGUCCACAGGAGGGGCAGCAUCGACGGGGAGCUGGAGGAUCUCUAUGAGGACGACGCCAUCCCCGAGUCCAGCUAG